AUGGCCACUAACACUUCCAUGGAAAGUCAAAUAUCGAAAGGCGAAUGGAGAAAGACUGAAUCCGAAGAACCGAAUCCACCUGAUGCGAGAAGUAUAUACUAUAAUGGAAAGGCUCCGCGUCCAACCAUUUAUGCAAUUAAAAUAGAUUGGGUUUUGACUCCUGUUACAAACAAUAUUAAGAAACUCAUGAUGGAUGAGAACAAUGAUGAAAAUUCGAUAAUCUUGGCUGGCAUCAAUCAGUUGGUAUGCUUGCGCAAUUUUAAGGAACUUCCCAAAUCUGCGAGAGAAGCACUAGAUAAAAAUGCCCCAUAUGAAUGA